AUCCCAUUGAAGUGUUCUAAGGGAAGAAGCAAAGAACAGAGCAAAACAUCUCAAGCUUGUGAAAAACGAUGGAUAGGCUUGAUGGACCACCACGUCUCAUACUAGUUGCUGAUCUCGACUGCACGUUGGUUGAUCACGAUGAUCCUGAAAACACACAUCUCCUUAGAUUCAACGCGCUAUGGGAAGCUCACUAUCGCCAUGACUCAUUGCUUGUUUACUCCACCGGAAGGUCUAUGCUUUCUUACUUGAAUCUAGGGAAGAAGAAACCGUUGUUGACUCCGGACAUCGCCAUAACUUCAGUCGGUUCUGAGAUAGCAUACUGUGGCGAGUUGGUAGUGUUUGAUGAUGUUUGGGUGGCUCGUUUGAGUGAAAUGUGGAACAGAGACAUUGUCGUCGAGGAAACUUCUAAGUUCCCUCAACUUGAGCCGCAGCCAGAGAGGAGUCAAGAGCAGCACAAGGUGAGUUUUUAUGUGGAAAGAGAACAUGCUGUGGAAAUAAUGAAGGUUCUCCCAGGAAUAUUAAUGGAGCGUGGGGUUGAUGUGAAGAUGGUUUAUAGCAACGACUACGCUUUCGAUGUUUUACCAGGAAAAUCUGGCAAAGGAGGGGGUCUGACUUAUCUACUUGAAAAGUUGGAGAAUGAAGGGAAGCAGUCUUCUAACAUACUUGUUUGUGGGGACUCUGGAAACGAUGCUGAGCUUUUCAAUAUUUCUCAAGCAUAUGGUGUAAUGGUUAGUAACUCGCACAAAGAACUAUUGCAAUGGCAUGAAGAAAAUGCAAAGGACAACCCAAAUAUAAUCCUUGCGUCCGAGAGAUGUGCAGCUGGAAUCAUAGAAGCCUUACAAAGGUUUAAUUUGGGACCAAGCUUCUCUCCAAGAGAUGUUUUGGAUGCUGAACAUUUCCAAGAGGAAGUUUUGGAUCCUGCUCAUGAGGUGGUUCAGUUUUAUUUAUUUUACGAGAAAUGGCGUUCUGGAGAGGUGGACAAGUCUGACAAGUAUUUGCAGAACUUAAAAUCACUCUCUAGUCCACUUGGUAUAUUUGUACAUCCAUCUGGAGUGGAGAAACCGAUACAUGAAUGGAUAGAUGAUUUAAAAACUUUACAUGGGGAAGGGAAGGAGAAGCAGUUUCACAUUUGGUUGGAUAGAGUUUUGUUUUCUCAUAUCAGCUCAGACACAUGGAUUGUAAAAUUUGACAAGCAUGAGUUAUCUGAGGGAAAAGUCCGGUCUUGUUCUACAAGAGUGUUAUUGAGUUGUCAGGAGGAAAAGCAAAAGCUGGCGUGGAUGCACAUCCACCAAUCAUGGUUAGCUGGUUUCUGUUCAGAUGAUCAAGAAACAUGGAUUUUCUGAAUCUGUACCGUGACAUUAAGAUGAUACCUGUUUGGGACAGGAGCUAACCAAAAGAGCAUAGUGUUUUGUGUUUUACACAUCUUGAAAAGUAUUAAAUAAGGAAAGAUUGUGCCUGAAUUGGUCUGUCUUUGGAUCACAUUUGGUUUGUUUAGGACCCCUUAGGUCUCUACAACAAAACCUUUUCUUUGUUUUAUGUAUCUGAU